UUAAGCCUGCGGCUGUAGUUGUCUGGUGGUGGUGUGGUGCCGUUCGUGAAUUUUACAUUGUGGGCGCAAUUGCAGUACUACGUGACUAACCUGUGGUAUGCCAUCUAAGCCUCGCGUCCGCAAACGGUACUUCUAACGCUCGUCUAUGGGUGCGUAAGUUUUGUCCGAUAGCUUAAGCAGUUUAAGUAGCGAUGCAAUGCCAGGGUGCCCAUGGACAGAGACUUGGUAGUCACUGUCUUGUUCGACUUUGAGUACCAUGGCAGUGAUGGAGAACGUGUGUACAUGUGCAAGGAUGAGGAGUUCCUGGUCAUCCAACAGACCAACAGUGACUGGUGGCAGGUGAUCCGGAGCGGAGAGCGCAAGCCGUUCUACGCGCCGACCCAGUACCUGCGCCUGCAGCCGCAUGCCCGGCCGCAGCUGCCGCCCAAGGUCAAGCGGAACGCGCGCGACAGCAGACGGGCGCCGCUCUCCAUCCUAGACGCCGAGCGACAUAUCGGUGGCGACGAUGGCGCCGACGACGACGACAACGACGAGGGCGGCCGGCGCCGCUGCAACUCGCUGGAGGACGCGGCCGCCGGCUCCUCGAGCGUCGAGACGCUGGACGAUUCGCCGCCGGGGCAGCCGCGGACCGAGCCGCUGGCCGAGGGCGAGGCGUCGAUGGCGCGCCACCCAGCCGAGCGAGCCGAGACGCCGCCGCCGGAGGACGGCGACGGUGCCUGCUGCCGGUCCCGGCCCCGGUGA